UUUCAAUUCAUCACAUUCUCACUCUCUUUGACUUUCAAGGUUUCUAUCCAUAGUUUCUAAAAGAUGGAGAAUUUGAAGAGUCUAUCUCUUAUUUGCAACAUUUUUAUUGUUGUAGCUACAAUUUCAAUGUCAAUUGGUCACUGCAGAGUUUUGCAACCAAGCGAUGCACAACUUGUAGCGAAAACCUGCAAGAAUACACCUUAUCCUAGUGCCUGCCUUCAAUUCCUUCAAGCAGACCCUCGAAGCUCUAGUGCAGAUGUCACAGGCUUGGCACUAAUCAUGGUGGAUGUAAUCCAAGCCAAAACAAAUGGUGUGUUAAACAAAAUCAGUCAACUUCUUAAGGGUGGUGGAGAUAAGCCAGCAUUGAACUCAUGUCAGGGCAGAUACAAUGCAAUUUUGAAAGCUGAUAUCCCGCAAGCCACUCAAGCUUUGAAGACUGGAAAUCCCAAGUUUGCUGAAGAUGGGGUUGCUGAUGCUGGUGUUGAGGCCAAUACUUGUGAGAGCGGUUUCUCUUCUGGGAAAUCACCGCUCACAAGUGAGAAUAAUGGUAUGCAUAUUGCAACAGAGGUGGCAAGGGCUAUUAUCAGAAAUUUGCUUUAAGUAGUUAAGAAUCUAAUAGAUGAGUGUUAUCUUGAUAUUGUCUAUCCAAUAAAAAGUGUAAUUAUCA